AUGGCUUUGCGCGUCUGCAGCGCCCAUCGUACAGUUUCUACGGAAGCAGUUUUGGUUCUGGCGGGGACACUUCCAAUAGAUCUGCAGGCUGAGGCAAGAACCGAAACAUACCGGGAAGGAAGUUGUAGGACAGAAGAAUACAUGGCCAAAUGGCAAAUGGAAUGGAGCCAGGACACAGGGAAAGCUGGAUGGACCAAACGCCUAAUUCCCGACCUUAGAGCAUGGGUCGAUAGAGAACAUGGAGAAUGCAACUAUUACCUCACGCAAGCUUUGAGCGGACACGGCUGCUUUAAGUCGUACCUAAAGAGGUUUCACUUGGCAGAUGAUGAGUUGUGUGAUUACUGCACUGAGACUGACACACCGGAGCAUACACUUUUUGCUUGCCAGAGAUGGACUGCAGAAAAAAGGGAGGGGCCGCGGGGAGAGGGGAAGGGGAAAGGAAGACCGAAAAGGAACUGUGGACCAGUGUCUGGUCGCGGCAAGAGCAGACUGGUGCGGUCGCUGACCAAGUCUGGAUCGGCCUGUUAUAUGUUAUACAAACGCGCCAACUCUGUUACAAUGUGUAAGUUCGCGACCCUCCUUUUAUCGGUGCUUGUAUCGUGUUCGCAAUCUAGGGAAGAACCUGUAACCAGUGAUUCCUGCGGUGUCCUGGAGAGAGAAGUGUCCUUGGCAGAUCUCAAUACUGAGAUCCUUCAUCCUCCACCUCUCACAGGAAAAUGGGUGUCUCAGAGAUGUGAGGUGAGACCUGGACCAGAGUUCUUGCUGCGUAGUCACACGUUCCUACCCAACGGAACUUUCCAUCUGAUAGAGUUCCACUAUGGCGACGAGUCCUGCUCCCAACCACUGUACUCGUUGUCAGGAUACGGUCAGUUCUGGCCGCGAGGACGAUCCUGGCUCGCGCCUGGUGGUACCGACGUCGACUACGCCCUUGCCCGGGUCACCGUCACGGCCCACAAUACCGAGAUGGCAGAAAACCUGGCAUCCAGGAUCAACGCCACUUGUCCCGGCCAAGUACGGAGAAGAUGGCGUCCUUACCGAGAGCACGUCAUCCUCACUCAACCAGAGCACUGGGGUCCUGACAAUUUGUCGCCUCUGGUCGCCUUCAACUCCUUCAGGAAAAGGAAUCCCUUGGCUAUCAAUUCUCUUGGGAAACACAAGGCGAAUUUGAUACCGCCUGAGAUAAUGCAGUGUUUAUCUGCUCUGCACGCAACUUUCUAUGAAGUUCAGUUGGUGAGGGUUCAGCGGCGACCCCAUGGACCUCCGGAUCCCCGCCCUCUCUCGCGCCGCCCCUGGCUGGAGCUACUCUUAGGGGAUGUUCAAUCUAGCUCUGGCCAAAGCUCCAACUAUCGACCCACCUCCUUCCAGACUCCUCUCUUGCGUACAGACCAGAUAGGUGGAUGUGACGUAUGCCAUGCCGUGUCCAAGGGGUGGGAGAGAGCGCCACCCCAGCUUCUGUCGCAACCCCGAUUGCCCCCUCUGCUCGCUGGGGAAUGGACUUCCGCACGCUGUGAGAGCCGACCUUUGGGCAUCUUCCUCAGCCGCAGACUUCUGGUGAUCGGCCAUCAGUGGAGUGCCACCUACAGGUUUUUCAGUGACCCCAAAUGCACGCAGGCUACUCUCACCGCUUCUGUAAGGGGUCACUUUUCCCAGACACCGGGCCCCUCCAGGGUCCAUGGGGCCGCCGACUUCGACUUCCACGUGGAAGGAGCCUCGGUUAUCCUGCUGGAUCAAGGGCUAAGGGACAGCCUCCAGCGGAGUGGAGGUUGUGGAACGGAGGAGGAGUGGAAGGUUGGUGUGCCAAGAGACGUGACCCCCUGGCAUGGCUGUUCCCCCUUGGGUCUCCUUGUGCCAUCCGUACAGUACGAGCUGGCCCGAGUGGAGAUAUCUCCACGGGGAACACCUCUGCUAUUCCUGGGACAAUCGGACGCCAGCAGCGCCCCAUGGGGACCUCGCGAGCGCCCUACUGCCUUCCAGCCGCCCUUGGUCCAGUGCUCGGGCGAGCUUCCACUCUUCAGCCACUUCCUAGGAUCUCCUUCAGCCAUCUCGGGACAGACCAGUUGCCACCGGAAGUCUUUCGCGUCUCUAAUAUUAACCGUCCUCAUAGGAACAAUGGUUUCGAGAUAGUAGGGAACAGUGUACAAUAACAUAGUACAGUAACAUAGUUCUGGAGACUCCAGUUCUGGUUCGUCGCAUUCGUACAUUUCACGCAAUUCUAUUGGUAGAGGUCCCCGCGACAGCAAUGAAAAAGAUGAAAGCAAAAAGAUAUUGAUGGUCUUUGUUUAAAGUUUGUUUUUGACGAUGGAAGGAUUGUGAAAGAAACAUGAUUAUCUGGACAUUUACAAAAAAUCACUAAUACUACGUUUUGAAAUCAGACUGCAGAUGUUAUGUGUUAUGUUAGUAAUUUACCUGAAGAAGAGAUUAGAUUGCAGAUCUCGUAACGUAGAGUUACUGAUUUUUUUGUAUCACUGAACGAUGGCAACUUGCUGGUGCCGCUCGUGAUUACUAACGAUAUAUAUGAAGCUGCAUUGAAGUUCGUAUGAUCAAUAAGUAAAACAAACCUAAAGAAGAUUUUAGAAGGAAUAACAGUUUCUUUUCAUAUAACAAUCGGGAUUGAAGUACUUAUUUUGUAACUGUAUUAAGGUAAAUAUUCGAGACUUUUUCAUCAGAUUAUCCUGACCCUCAUGAUUCCUCAUCACCAAAUUAACAAGCACAUUAAUGUUGCCAUAUACACGACCAAUAUCUCAAGUCUGAACUUUAGAUACAACACUAAUAGGGAGUUGAUUGAAAAAUGAAGAUUCCUAGAAAUGUGACUUAUCAUUUAUUCGUGCACAAGAUAGGUCACCCACGAGUAUUUCGAUCCUUAAAAUAUCCUGGGUGUAAAAGAUA